UAUGCCGGUAACAACACCAUCUAUUGACCCAAAUUUGUAAUUGGAUGUAUGCUUCAUUUUACUGCUGCUUUAUAAAAUUAUUUCACAAUGUUUUUUUGAACCAACAAUUAAUUUGUAACUCGAUUGAUGGUGUUUUAAAUUUGGUUCUUUUUUAUCAUGAAACCGGGAAGUUCAUGUGAAUCAGACGAAAGUGAAGAUCAUCAAGGUGGACGUUCCAAUAGAGGAGAUUCAGAAGAUUGGGAUGAAACUGAUGAUAGUAGUUCGUCUUCAAGCUCAUCCGAGGACAAUAACAGUGAACCAUCGCCUGUCCGUCGUACCAGUGGUCGAUCAACUCGAACAUCUACUCGUCGUUCCACUGCUGCCUCUGUAGCUCGUAAAACGCGUCAAUCUAAAGGAAGAUCUAGACGCCGUGUAAAAAGUAGUGAGACAACUAGUGAUGACAGUGAAGAAACUGAAGAAGAAGAUGAUGAUGAAGAUGAAGAACGUCGUGGUACCCGGCGACCUAAGAAAGUUGUCAGUUAUAAAGAAGAAAGUGAUCGUACCGAUUCAGAUGAUUUGGUGGAUGUACAAUGGGAUGAAGCUGCAGAAGCAGCGGCUGCUGAAGCAGAGGCUGGCGAAACAAUUGAAAAAGUAUUAGCUCAUCGUAAAGGAAAAAAGGGUGCUACAGGGGAAGCCACAAAACCUUACAAUAUCGAGUUUAACGGUGAUCCAAAUUAUCCAGAAUGUGAUGAAAGUGAACAAGAGGUGCAAUUUUUGAUAAAAUGGAAAGGCUGGUCUCAUCUUCACAACACAUGGGAAAGUGAGGAAAGUUUAAUAGCUGUCAAGGCUAAAGGAAUUAAAAAGAUCGAAAAUUACUUAAAAAGAGAAGAUGAAAUUAAUAUGCUCAAAAAUUCUGCUUCUCCUGAAGAGAUCGAAUAUUAUGACUGUCAAGAAGAAAUGGCUGAUCAGCUAACGUUAAUACAUAUGAAUGUUGAAAGGAUCAUUGCCCAUCAACCGUCUCGUGAGACGGACUCCUCAUUUCCAGAAUAUCUUUGUAAAUUUGAAGGUUUACCUUAUGCUGAAGUUACCUGGGAAGAAGGUUCACUGAUACAGAAAAAGUUUCCCAAGAAAAUAGAAGAGUAUAACAUACGUCAAAAAUCACAGAGGACACCGACCAAAUUUUGUAAAGUACUCAAAACCAGACCCAAGUUCGUUCCUCUCAAAAAAGAACCCGACUAUCUUGGCGGUGAUCUUGAAUUAAAUCUUCGUGAUUAUCAGUUAGAUGGUUUAAACUGGUUAGCUCAAACCUGGUGUAAAGAAAAUUCAGUGAUAUUAGCUGAUGAAAUGGGUUUGGGUAAAACUAUUCAAACCAUUUGUUUUUUGGCUUACCUUUAUGAACAACAUGCUCUUUUUGGACCUUUUUUGCUCGUUGUCCCUUUAUCAACCAUGGCGUCUUGGCAAAAAGAAUUUGAACAAUGGGCUCCACAGUUAAAUGUUGUUGUAUAUAUUGGUGAUAUCAGUAGUCGUAAUAUAAUCCGUCAGUAUGAAUGGUGUCACCCUGGUAAUCGACGUUUAAAAUAUAAUGUUUUAUUAACAACCUACGAGAUCCUAUUGAAAGACAAAAGUUUCCUUCGAGCUGUAAAUUGGGCUGUUUUAGGUAUUGAUGAGGCUCAUCGUCUGAAAAACGAUGAUUCUCUAUUGUACAAAACUUUAAUGGAAUUUGAUACCAACCAUAGGAUUCUCAUUACUGGUACACCUUUACAGAACUCAUUACGUGAAUUGUGGGCUCUUCUGCAUUUCAUUAUGCCUGUUAAAUUCUGUGAAUGGGAAGAAUUUGAAAAAGAGCAUGCAGAUUGCGAUACAAAAGGAUACUCUAAAUUACAUAAACAACUGGAACCUUUUCUUCUUCGUCGUGUCAAAAAAGAUGUUGAAAAAUCUCUACCUGCAAAAGUUGAACAAAUUCUUCGUGUUGAUAUGACAGCUCUACAAAAACAAUAUUACAAAUGGAUAUUGACUAAAAAUUAUAAAGCUUUGGCUAAGGGUUUAAAAGGAAGUUUUAGUGGAUUUGCUAACAUCAUGAUGGAACUGAAAAAGUGCUGUAACCAUUCAACCCUUAUCAGACCAACUGAUGAAGCGAGCAGUGUAGAUGCAUUGACUAGGAUUAUCCGUGGUAGUGGUAAACUGGUUCUGUUAGAUAAACUUUUGUGUCGUUUACGUGAAACUGGACAUAGAGUGUUAAUCUUCUCUCAAAUGGUUCGCAUGUUGGACAUUUUAGGGGACUACCUAACUUUAAGACGAUUUCCAUUCCAGCGUUUAGAUGGAUCCAUCAAAGGCGAACUAAGAAAACAAGCUUUGGAACAUUUCAACGCUGAAGGUUCAACUGACUUUUGUUUUUUACUUUCAACGAGAGCCGGUGGCUUAGGUAUUAACUUGGCUACCGCUGAUACUGUAAUUAUAUUUGAUUCCGACUGGAAUCCCCAAAAUGAUCUUCAAGCUCAAGCUCGGGCUCACAGAAUCGGACAAAAAAAUCAAGUCAACAUUUACCGACUAGUGACAAAGAACAGUGUAGAAGAGGAUAUUAUUGAAAGAGCUAAAAGAAAAAUGAUUCUUGACCAUUUAGUUAUUCAACGCAUGGACACAACAGGAAGAACGGUUCUCUCUAAUAAAGGAAAUACCAGUUCGAAUUCUACCCCUUUUAAUAAAGAAGAAUUGGCACAAAUCUUGAAAUUUGGUGCCGAAGAAUUGUUUAAAGAAGGUGAAGAUGGAGAGGAAGAGCCUCAAGUGGAUAUUGACGAAAUUUUAAAGCGAGCAGAAACUCGUGAAGAGGGACCAUCUUCUGCUAGUGAUGAGCUUCUUAGUGCUUUCAAAGUGGCCAGUUUUAAUUUUAAUGAAGAUGAAGUUACCAGGGUGUCAACUGAGGCAUUGGAUAAAGACGGAGAAGGUGGUAAAGAUAAAGAUUGGGAUGAAAUUAUUCCCGAAACGGAAAGAGCCAAAGUUGAUGAAGAAGAAAAAGAGAAAGAAAUGAUAGAACUUUUUCUACCUCCAAGAGCACGAAAAUCUGCCAAUCAACAAGCUCAUGCAUCUGAUAGUUGUGACGAAUAUGAUCCCUCCAUAUCCAAAGUAAAAGGUGAAAUGGGUAGUGAUGAUUCCGAAGGGGAGACAAGAUCGCGUCGUCGAGGUAGACCUCGUGCCAAUGCUAAAGAAGGAAUACCUGGUUUUACGGAAUCUGAAAUACGAAGGUUUAUUAAGAGUUAUAAAAAAUUUCCUGUCCCCAUGAAAAGAUUAGACUCUAUUGCAAUUGAUGCUGAAUUGCAAGAAAAGCCUAUGGCUGAUCUCAAAAGACUGGCAGAGCUUCUUCAAACAGGUUGUGAAAACGCAAUUAAAGAAUAUCAAGCUAAGCAAGCAAAAGAAGCUCAAAACGAAGAUACAAAUGGGACCUCACAACCUAAAAAGCCAGCUCAUAAUCGAGGUCCGAAUUUCAAACUCGGUGGUGUUUCCAUUUUUCCGAGAAACCUUUUGGGUUGUCAACAAGAGCUUGAACCACUCGAGAUUAUUACUGCUACAUCUGAAGCCAAAAAGAGUUGGGUCUUGAAGGCCAAAGUGAAGGAUGUCAGAGAUUGGGAUGUUCCCUGGUCGAUUGAAGACGAUUCUAAAUUAUUAGCUGGAGUCUAUGAAUAUGGAGUUGGGAGCUGGGAAGCAAUUAAGAUGGACCCAUCAUUCAGUUUAGCAGAUAAGAUAUUGCCUGACGGAGAUCUUAAACCACAAGCCAAACAAUUACAAACCAGAGUAGAUUAUCUGUUAAAAGUUUUACAAAAACUGUUAAUGGCCCAAAAAAUACAAGAAGAAGUGUCUAAACCAAGGAAAAAAGCCCCUCCCAGAAAUUCUAAGUUAAAUGAUGGUGAACAUGGUUCAUUGGGUGGGGGACCAGGAGAAGAUGGUAAAGUUAAAGGGUCAAGGAAGGAUAAUAAUAAAUCUGCCAGAAAUAAGUCCAAUAAAGAUUCUGAUAAAACUGAUGGUGUUAAUGGACCUCAGGAUGGAAAGAAAAAGAAAAAGAAGGAUCAUAAGAAAGACAAGAAAAAGAAGAAAAGGAAACAUGACAUAUCAGGACAGCCAUUGCACAUAACAGCCAAUGCUGAACCUCAAAUAAUUGACAUUGCUGGUGAUCUAGAGCCUCAUAUAUUUGCCCAGUGUAAAGAAAAGAUGAGGCCAGUGAAAAAGGCCUUAAAAAUGUUGGACAAUAGAGAGGAAGGUUUAUCGACGGGAGAACAGUUGAAUCAUAUGAAACAGUGUUUAAUUAAGAUAGGUGCUCGAAUAAAAGAGUGUAUGGAUGAGUAUAAGGAUGAUAUAGAUAAAUCUAGAGAAUGGAGAAACCGAUUGUGGACUUUUGUAUCUAAAUUUACUGAAUAUCCUCCAAAAAAAUUGUACAAACUGUAUAAGUCAACCAUUAAGAAACCAGAUGAUUCUAGCUCUAGAGACAGUGAUCAUUAUCCGCCAGCAACAACAGCUCAUCAUAAUCGACAUAAUAGCAGUAAUAGAUAUAAACAUCGUCAUUCAUCACCUAGAAAUCAUAGUAGCAACAAAUAUGGUGAUGGACCUCCAGAGGAUGGACCUUCUAAUUCAUCUUCAAGUCAUCAUCAUUCAUAUCAUUCUCAUCAUCAAUCUCAUCAACCACACCAUCAACUUCAUCACCAACCUCACCACCAACCUCAUCAUCAGUCUCAUCACCAACCUCACCAUCAGCCUCAUCAUCAACCUCACCACCAACCACAUCAUCAACCUCAUCAUCACUCACAACAUCAUCCACAUCUACCUUUAGGCCCUUCAACUGGUCCCCCAAAACGUCCACCCAUGGGCAGUAUACCUCCACCUUUAGGUACUCAAACAAUGUCACCUAUGAAAAGGCCUUGGAAUGACUAUCCACCUAAUAGUCGGGUUCCCCACCAUCCUUUUCCACCUCCACCACCUCCUUUAGGACAUAACAAAAAGUUCAGAUAUUAAUAUAAUAAUAAACAAAACACUUCAACAACUGAUAAUUUUCCUCAAAUGUUUACAAAUUUAGGAAAAAUUAAAUUUGAGUAUUUAAUUUGCUACUAGACUGAAUUGUAUGAUCAAAUGUCUUUAUUUUAUGUAAUAUAUUGUUUUUCCAUCUUGGCCAUUCUAUCUAUGAUAUUACAAUUAUCUUCAAUUCCGUCAGCUUCUGUUUGUUCUAAUCAUGUUUGCAGCCUGGACAUUUUCAUAUUUAAUAAAAACUUACGAUUCCUAAUUCUAAAUUAAACUAUAAUUCAAUGAAUUUA